AUGUCACAACCUGAGCCUAACCCCUUCAUUAUUUUUGCUACUGUUGCAGCAAUCAUUUCUUCGGCUGUAGCAUAUUAUUACUUUCAAUUAAGCAGAAAGAAUACCCCAGUGUUAAAGCCAAAUGAUUUCCAAAAGUUUCCAUUGAUUGAAAAGACCAGGGUUUCUCACAACACAUGCGUCUAUAGAUUCGGCUUACCAAGAUCCACCGACAGAUUAGGGUUACCAAUUGGUCAACAUAUUGUUAUUGGAGCCACUAUUAAUGACAAGGAAAUUGUCAGAUCUUACACUCCAAUUUCCACAGAUGAUGAAUUAGGAUACUUUGAUUUAUUAAUCAAGACAUACGAAAACGGUAAUAUCUCAAGACACGUUGAAUCCAAGAAGAUUGGAGAAACUAUUGAAAUUAGAGGACCAAAAGGGUUCUUCACCUAUACUCCAGGUAUGGUUAAAUCGUUUGGAAUGAUUGCUGGUGGUACCGGUAUUACUCCAAUGUACCAAAUUUUAACCGCAAUCUUGAGAAACCCAGAAGACAGGACUAAGGUCAGUUUGGUUUAUGCUAACGUCACUGAAGAUGACAUUUUGUUGAAAGAAGAGUUGAACAAAAUGGCAAGAGAACACCCAGACAGAUUCCAAAUCUACUACGUUUUAAACACUCCUCCUGAUAACUGGACCGGUGGUGUUGGUUUUGUUACACCAGAAAUCAUGGAUAACCACUUACCUAAGGCUUCUGAAGACACAAACUUAUUAUUGUGUGGUCCUCCACCUAUGAUUAGUGCUAUGAAGAAGGCUGCUGUUGGUUUAGGUUACCAAAAGGGAAAGCCAGUUUCAAAAUUAGGUGACCAAGUGUUCGUUUUUUAG